AUGUCGGAGCGUAUCCUAGCAGCUAGGCUACAUAGUCGGCACAUCAAUAUUUCUGUUGUGGUGGCCUAUGCUCCUACGGAGGAUGCGCAGGAUAGCGUUAAGGACGAUUUUUAUCAGCAGUUGGGUGGAUCAUUCGACAGCCUACCCAGUCACGACGUAAAGAUUCUUCUUGGUGACUUCAACGCCAAGAUUGGUCGCGACAACUCAUCUUGGUCUGGGGUAAUUGGAGGAGAGUCCUUACAUGAGACGUCAAGUAAUAACGGACUUCGGCUGUUGGAUUUCUGUGCCAUGUAUCAGAUGACAGUUGGGGGAACAUUGUUUCAACACAAGGACAUCCAUAAAGGCACCUGGAGGUCUCCCAAUGGCCGUACUGUCAAUCAGAUAGAUCAUGUUUGUAUCUCUACCAAGUGGAGUCACUCUCUUCUUGAUGUUCGAACUUAUAGAGGUGCAGACAUAGGCUCUGAUCACUACUUGGUCAAGAGUCCUAUGAGGAUCAAACUGAUGGGAAUCAAAAAGAUACAAGGGUCACAUAGAAAAGCACCAGCUAUCGAGCUUCUGCGUGACCAAUCUAAGGUGCAGGAGUAUUGCAUCGCACUGCAUAACCGAUUCAGUGGUCUGCCGGUGGAAGAGAGUCUGGAUGGAGAGUGGGAGUUGGUCAAGGAGGGCAUCAGGGAGGUUUCUUUGGAGGUUUUGGGUCAACGCCCGCGCCGGAGGAAGAAGCAGCACUUGUCACAAGAGACAAAGGAUCUCAUCACGGAGCGGAGUAAGGUCAAGCAGAAAUGCCCAAGUGAUGGAUUCAAUAGAUCUGAGUAUUCUCUUGCUAAUAAGCGUGUUAAGAAGAGCUGCAAGAAGGACGAUGAGAACUGGGCUUUACGGGUUGCAGCCGAUCUGGAAACAGCUUCUUCACACGGUCAGCAGAGGGAGGUCUGGCAGAUGAUCAAGUCCUUGUCAGGCAAGAAAAGUCGGAAGUCAACUGCUGUCAGAGAUAAAACCGAGAAGUUGAUUUCUGACCCCGCUGCUCAACGAAAACGAUGGGGUGAGCACUUCGCUGAACUACUAAACCCGCAGACAGGAGACGUGGACCUUUCAGACCUAGACAGUCUAGAGGUCGCACCAUGUUUUCCGUAUCUGAGUGAUAGUGAUAUACCCCCUAGCAGAACAGAGAUCUCUGAGGCUUUAAAGAGUCUGAAGAAUCACAAGAGCCCUGGAAUUGAUGAAAUUUCCAACGAACAGCUGAAGUAUGGGGCUCCUGGUCUUUUAGACAGGCUUGAGAAACUGUUUGCACGUGUAUGGGAGACAGAGAAUGUGCCAGAGGAUUGGGUUAAGGGUAUCAUUGUUAUUGUCCCGAAAAAGGGUGAUUUGAAAUAA